UUUCCUACAAAACACACACACACACACACACACACACAUUUCUACGCGCGCGCGCGCGCGCAGAGAUGUGUAUGCAUAUAUGUACGUAUAUCCCGCCUUUGUUGACUUAACACAUAAUAGUCAUUACCCCCAGGGCCAGUUCAGAGCGCAAGACUGUCCACAGUCCACACACUCCGUCACCUGCCGUUCUUUCCAGCUUCCCUACCUUCUCUUUUUUAGUUGUUUUAUUUAUCUUCUCGUCACCAUAUAGACCUAGAUAGAUCCUAUCUAUACCAUUUCAUUAAGUGUUCUAUCCUCACUGGACGGCGAGCAUGACGGGCGCCAAUACGGAGAGCAGUGAGAGCGAGGGCGAGAGGCAGGGGACCGUGGCUCGUCGCCGAUGGAGGAUCCUGGCGGAGGCACUGCAGCGGUCCAACAACAGGGAUGCCUCACCUGACAGUGUUUCCACACGAAAGUUCCAGUCCUUUGGCCUCCUGCUGUUUGAAGAACUGGGACAGGAGUUCUACUCAGUCAGGUGCAUCAACUCAGAUUUCAAGGUCAUUGUGAGGCUAUUGCGACGAGACUUCAGCCCCAGUCAGCUUACGGGCUUCAACAAUACGGGCAACGUUUGUAUCUGGCCUUCUGAAGAGAUUCUGACAUACUACUGCCUUAGCAACCUGAAAAUAUUCUCUGGAAAGUCUGUGCUGGAGCUGGGUGGUGGCAUGACUAGCUUGGCUGGGAUGCUGGUUGCUGCCAGUGGAGUGGUCUCCAAGAUGGUGCUGACGGAUGGCAAUGCACUCUCUGUCUCCAAUGUCAAAGUGUCCUUACAGAAGAACAGCCUUCCAGUGGAGACUUGUGCCAGAGUGCUCCGUUGGGGGGUGGCUGAAGAGGUAUCUCCACAUCAAGGGAAGUUUGAUGUGGCCAUGUGUGCCGAUUGUCUGUUCUUUGAUGAUGGACGGGACAGUCUCCUACUCACCCUCCUGGCUGUCCUGCGCCCCGGUGGCACUGCUCUGGUGGUGGCCCCGGCACGCAGUGGCACCUUCCACUGCUUUGCCUCCAUGUGCCGGCCUCACUUUAGAGUUGCUAUUGUGGAGAAGUAUGACCAUGUGGUGGACCAGCUUGCACAGAAGUCAUUUGCUGGUAAUGCAUUCCUUCCUUUGCUGGGUGGCCAGGGAGGCUUUAACCAUACACACUGUCUUCAGAGUGCACGGGACCCCCACUACAACCACAACCUUCACUUCCCUCUCCUGAUGGUGCUGAAGAAGAUAGGGACCAAUUAGAUGCUCCAGAAAGCUAUUUGGAAAUUUAUAGAGGAUUCUAUAAAUAAUGUCUCGGUCAGUACUCACUGAUGCUAGGAUGCUAGUAUUUAUUUUCUACAGAAUAUCUUGAACUUUUCAGUUGAAUCCUGUAUAGCCACUCACAUAUUAUCUCUAAGAUAAAUGCAGAGAUAAAUAUCAGGGUUACUAUCAAAACAUAUUUCAUACUAUAAUACUGAAUACCUAAUAUCAAAAUAUAGGUAACUGGGCCUUGUUUUAUGUAUUCAUUAUCUGCAGAGAAUUGUAUCAUCUGUAUGCUGGCUGUUUUAUACAGUUAUUGUUUACUAUUUAUUUGUAUCAGUUUGUAUGUCUGUGUGGGAGUGAGUGAAUGAGUGAGCAUGUGUGUGUGUGCAGUAGACAUUCAUUUCUCUAGUGUGCACCCCUUUCUAAUCAUUCGUAUGAAACUAUUUCUUAUUGGUGUGAAACUAUUUCUUUGUGAAAUUUAUCAUUGCCAUAUAUCUUAUUAUGCUGCCUUAUGAUUAGCCAUUACCUGCCUGCAGACACAUGACAAUAGUGUCUGAGGUAGCUACCUCACAAACUGUAUCUCAUUUCCAGCACAGGGCAGUAUACUUUGCAGUGCUUGUCUCUGUGUAACUUUCCUUAAGUUCUUAUGUUACUCUAAGACUGACUAUGGCAGUGCACUGUCACAAACUAUUGAGUAGUGCAUUUUGUUCUGGUGGUUAUGUUCUGGACAGUUUAUUGGGCAAUUUACUUGUACUGUCAACAACAUUAUCUGUGUUGGCAUGGUUUGGAUGAUCUUGAGCAUCCACAGUUAAUUACUGAGGGCAUUUUAGUUGGCAAUACAGCCAUUACCAUUUCUGUCCAUCCCAACCUAUAUCCAAGUGCUCUUAGAAAGUGUUACUUGUAAAAGGACACCAAGGGUCAUAGGUGCCCUGUUAAGAUGAUUAAUGGUGUAGAGACAAUGGAGGACAGUAGUAUGAGUAGUUGUUUGGUUCAUGACAGUUUAUAAUAAGUUUAUAAUAGAGUUUAUAAUAAGCAGAUGAGUUAUUCCUGCUGGUCAUGUUAGGCUGAUUACACGUGUAUUGACUUUUCUCCUUCUGCCGUCCACAGCUCUCAAAUAACCAUGAAUGUCAUGACCACAGUUGUGGAUGGCAGAACACUGUUCAUGACCACCGUAGUCACCACGGUAUCCUCUUAAAAAAGGCAUGGUGAAAUGCUGUGGAUGGAUGAUGUGAAAUGUACAUUGCAUUUUAUGGACAUGUUCAGACAUGUUGAUGUUUUGCUGUCCAGAUUCAGUGGUGAAUCCACUUUGAUUUUCUCCUUACCACUGGUGUGUGCACAGUACUGGUCAAGUAAUGAAGGAGGACAUCAGUCUGGAUGUUGAACCUCUUAUUAGCAUGGUACAAGACAGGCCAGUUCUUUGGGGCAAAAGCCUAGAAGCCCACCAGUUUAACAUGAAUCACCCCAGUGUGGAGGGAAGUGUGGAAUCACAUGAAUCCAGCCUUUGAGUCCCUGAGUGAUAAAGAAAAGAACAAAUAUGGCAACUUUGUCUUGUGAAAAUUUUUUUCUUUUCUUUUUAAAUAUAGAUAAUAUAGAUACAACAAGUGAUCCUAUUUGUCCAUAAUGAGAGGAUGGAAGUAACUGACAGGUAGGAAUGGGACAUGGUCCUGUUGUGAAUUGGUUGUGCACACAGUGGCAUGCUCUGUGGAAUGCACAAUGCUGUGCCAUGUAUGGCAGAUGGCGAAAAGCGAAUACAGUAAUUCUUUAACUAUUGUGGGUAUUACGUUCCAAAAUCCUUGCGAUAGGUGAAAAUCCACAAAGUAGAAACAGUACUGUACUGUAUAUUAUUUUUUAUUUUUAUGAUUUUUAUAUGUUCAUUACUUAUAUAUAUUUAAGCUCUUAAAAGCUCUCUGCAUACUCUUAAAAACCUUUUCCACACUCUUAAACACUUUUAAACUCAAACUUACUUUUAGACACAUCCUUACAUAUUAAAAAAAAUUAAAUUUGGUACACUAGCCUGUAAAGAUACCACAACUUGAUCGAUAAGAAUGAUGAUGAUUAGAUGUACAGUACUGAACAAUGCAGGUGAUGACAAUGUGUAGAAGAUUACAGCCGACAACCCAACACAUGCAGGUGGCAAAGAUUACGACUGACAGCCUGACACAUGCAGUUGGCACAAGGCAAGGGUUUAUUUAUGUUUAGAAAAAACUGAUCAUACCGCACAUUGCCUGUCCAUAAUUUUACACCAUCUAUAUCCAUCCAUCCUUUUUCAUGAAAAUGUACAAAAAAGCACCUGGUGGAAAUUUUAUUUCAGGUUUAGUUUUGUGCAUGAAGAUGAAGAAGGCAUUUUAUUCAUUGUGCUAGUACAUCACCGUCUCAGUUGUCUGGUGCUCACUGACGUAAACUUCACCACAGAUGGAUCGGUAGUUUGGGUGUCAUAUUAUACCACCAGUAUUAGCUAAAAAACAUUAAAUUCAAACCAAAAUUUGGGGGUUGUCUUAUCCGCUGACAGAUAUGGUAAGUUGAAUCAAGGGUAUAAUGCUUCAUCUCUAUGAAUUACAAUAGUGUAUUUUUAUUUAUUAAUUUAUUAAUUUUUAGGCUAAAAAUGCUUAUUUUAUCACAAAAAUAAUUAAAAUAAAAAAUAUAUAAAUAGCUAUCAGCCGCAGAAACCUGCAAUAUACUGGGUAGUCCACGAUUUAAAUUUAUAUAUGUUAGCCAGAAAAGUUUGCGAUGUACUGAGGGCGCGAUGGUGAACCCACAAUAGUUGAGGGAUUACUGUACUUGUGAAAAUGGCCAUAGUACAUUUAUCCGUAAGCAGCUGCUUACUUAGUCUUAAUGUUAGUGUAUGUUUGUUGUUGAAGUACUACCACAUACGGUUUAGUGAGAUUAACUCAUAGAAGUUUGCAGAAAUCAUCAUUUUCAGUUGUAGAAGGUUACUGUUAUAAUUAGUAUUGUAAUUACUACAACUUAUCUAGUGAAUGCAUUUAGAAUUCACUAUAUUCAAGUGCUGCUUCCUCACUGACCAAGGGAGGAAUGUAACUCAUAGAACAUAUUUAAUGGUUUGCAUGAGGAGAUAAAAAAAAAAAAAAAUUGAAAGGACAUCUGUAAGAUAACAUGAUAGGUUAACAGUAAUGAUAAGAAAAUUUAUCUUUUGGCUGAAAAGAAUCUCAUAGCAUGUGGUGCUGAAUUGUAGGUUAAAGCCACUUCCAUUUUCCAGACCUGAGUCUGUCAUGCUAAUCAAUCUUUCCUAUUCUCACUGAGUGAGUGGCUGCUGCACAUACAUGCAUGUGUCUGUGUGUCUGGAAUAGAGCCUUUAGUGUUGUGAGAUGAACUUUCGGUUGUGGCCUGUAUACAAAUGUGUGCCAGUCAGAGUUUGGUGAUUUUAUGUAAUAUAAGGGAGUCAAAGUGCAUCUUAUGAAGUGGCCUGAUGUUGAGAAACUAUGUGCUUUAUUGAAAAUCUUAUAACAUGACUAAUCUGAAGAAUAGCAUUGCAGUGGCAGAUAGUGAGUAUUGGUUCUCAUCACAGAUGGUGAGUAGAAGUUUUGUAGUUAUGUAUAAUAAUUUAUUCCUAGUUUAGAAUAUGACUUAGGCUGUGACAAUCAAUGAAAAUAGAGGUGUAGUCCAGUUUCAGAUAUACAUACAGUCACUGCAAAUGAAAUCAGACCCCUUGUGUUCAAAAGGCCCAUAAAAUAGGAGUCAGACAAUGUAAUGGAAGCUCUGCUUAAGUUAGGUGAUUUGUUCUUUGGUGACAUCUGGCAACUCAGGGAGCAUGUAAGCUACUCUCAUGAGCCAGACAACCUCAGUGCUCCACAAAUAAUGUAUGAGGAAGGAUGCAUGUAUGAGCUCCCAUUUGCAGUUGCUUUCUCUCUCUCUCUCUCUCUCUCUCUCUCUCUCUCUCUCUCUCUCUCUCUCUCUCUCUCUCUCUCUCUCUCUCUCUCUCUCUCUCUCUCUCUCUCUCUCUCUCUCUCUCUCUCUCUCUCUCUCUCUCUCUCUCUCCAUACCUAAUUGUUGCAAGAUUGCAAAACCAUAUCACAUAUCCAGCAUGGGCCCCAAGCCACUCACAGCUGUAGAAGAGGGUUGUAUUCAAGCCCCAAGGAAAGAGUCUCCAUCAAUGAAAUAUCCAGGUGAUUAGGAGAUGGCAAGAUGACUAUAAAAAGGCUUCUUUCUGGUGCAUGCCACCACCUGCUGAAUAAAGUUCUAGCACAUAAAACACUCCUUGGAGCCAAGAAAAAGACUUCAAAGAGCACAGAUAGACUCAUAGUGAUAGGCUUGAAAAAAACUAAUAUUUGACAGCCCAGUAACUGAAGGAAAUGUACCAUCAGGAGCUCAAGAAUGUCUCAGAGAGGACAGUACAACAUUAUCUGCUAAAGGACCUUAAGAUUCCUAGCUGCACUGCAGCAUUCAAACUGCUUCUCACUGACAAGAUAAAAAAAAAAAAAAUAAAAAAAAUA